AUGCCUGCCAAAAUACAUAUUUCUGCAAACGGUGAGUUUUGUGAUGAAGAUGGUAGUGUGAUUCAAUUGCGAGGGGUCAACCUGGACCCCUCGGUUAAAAUUCCUGCCAAGCCAUUUUUAUCGACUCACGCUCCCAUAUCAGAUAGUACAUUUUUUGACGAUGCUGAUAAAGUCAGCUUCAUUAAUCACCCCUUAAUUCCUGAAGAUAUCGAACAGCAUAUCAUAAGAUUGAAGUCUUUGGGUUACAAUACUAUCCGGUUUCCAUUUACUUGGGAAUCGCUCGAACACGCUGGCCCAGGACAAUACGAUUUUGACUAUAUGGACUAUGUUAUCGAGGUAUUAACCAAAAUUAACAGCGCACAACAAGGCAUGUACGUUUAUUUGGAUCCUCACCAAGAUGUGUGGUCUAGGUUUAGUGGAGGAUCCGGAGCACCGCUAUGGACUUUAUACUGUGCAGGUUUUCAACCUGCAAACUUCCUUGCCACUGAAGCAGCAAUUCUACAUAACUAUUAUAUUGACCCAAAGACAGGGAGAGAAGUCGACAAAGACGAAGAGUCAUAUCUUAAGAUGGUUUGGCCCACGAACUAUUUUAAGUUGGCAUGCCAAACAAUGUUCACGUUGUUCUUUGGUGGGAAGCAAUUCGCUCCCAAAUGCAUAAUCAAUGGAAAAAACAUCCAAGAUUAUUUACAAGGAAAGUUUAAUGAUGCGAUCAUGGCGUUGUGCAAGAGAAUAAAGGACAAGGCUCCCGAAUUAUUUGAAAGCAAUUGUGUCAUCGGAUUAGAGUCUAUAAACGAACCAAACUGUGGUUAUAUUGGUGAAACAAAUCUUGAUGCGAUCCCGAAAGAGAGAGACCUGAAACUGGGUCGAACACCAACGGCAUUCCAGAGCUUUCUACUAGGUGAAGGUAUUGAAUGUACCGUAGACCAAUACAAGAAAACAUUUUUUGGGUUUUCUAAGGGGAAGCCGUGUACGGUCAAUCCCAAAGGUAAAAAAGCUUGGUUGAGUGCUCAAGAAAGAGAUAUGAUAGAUGCGAAAUAUAACUGGGAAAGAAAUCCUGAAUGGAAACCAAACACUUGUAUAUGGAAGCUUCAUGGUGUUUGGGAAACUCAGGAAAAUAAAAGCCCCGUAUUGCUCAAGCCCAAUUACUUCAGCCAAAUUGAUGAAACGAUAUUUAUAAACAAUCAUUUUGUUGAGUACUAUACUGGGAUAUAUAAAAAGUUCAGGGCUUUUGAUAAAGAAUUAUUUAUAAUAAUACAACCACCGGUAAUGAAACCACCACCCAACUUACAGAAUUCUGAAAUUUUGGAUAAUAGAACAAUCUGCGCAUGUCAUUUUUAUGAUGGCAUGACUCUAAUGUAUAAAACAUGGAAUAAACGAAUCGGUAUAGACACGUAUGGCCUGGUAAACAAAAAAUACUUAAAUCCUGCGUUUGCUGUGGUGCUUGGCGAAAACAACAUACGGAAAUGCAUCAGGAAGCAAUUAUCAGAAAUGCAAAAGGACGCUAAAGCUAUGCUUGGUAAAAAGGUGCCCGUAUUUUUCACCGAAAUUGGCAUACCAUUUGACAUGGACGACAAGAAGGCAUAUAUUACGAAUGAUUAUUCUUCCCAGACCGCUGCUUUGGAUGCUCUUGGGUUUGCACUGGAAGGAAGCAAUCUUUCUUACAGUUUAUGGUGUUACUGCAGUAUUAAUUCACAUGCAUGGGGUGACAAUUGGAAUAAUGAAGAUUUUUCUAUUUGGUCACCAGAUGACAAACCACUGUACCAUAAUACUCAAUCAAAAACUCCGACACGAGAACCAUCUCCAGCUUCUACCGCUGUUUCAGUAUCCACCCCCAAAUCGAAGUCGAGUUCUCUUUCACAGCCGCCAAGUUUCAUAAAGCCACAUGGUAAACUAGAAUUAGAUAGCCCAUCAUGUACUUUAGAGAUCGACUUAUCAGGGUUUAGAGCUCUUGAUGCUAUAAUGAGACCAUUUCCCAUAAAAAUACAUGGAACAUUUGAGUUUGCCGAGUUUAACUUACAUAACAAAUCUUACCUUCUAAAAAUAAUUGGUAAAACAACACCUGAACGGACAACAGUCCCUACAUAUAUUUUUGUACCACGCCACCACUUCACGCCAAGUCAUUUGUCAAUCCGUUCAUCUUCAGGUCAUUACACUUAUAACGCGAACUACCAGGUUCUUGAAUGGUUCCACGAGUCUGGUUAUCAGUUCAUUGAAAUAUGUGUAAAAUCCAGGUCAAGGUGCAGUACACCUGGGAGUGACGAUUCCAACGACUUGCCAGCGGAAUGUAUUAUCAGCUAA